AUGUUAUAUUCGGUUUUCAAGAAAUUGGGAUUGGGUGAACCCCAACCCACUAGAGUUGCAUUGCAAUUGGCUGAUAGAUCCAUUAAGAAUCCUUGGGGAAUCAUAGAAGAUGUACUUGUUAAAGUUGAUAAAUUCAUCUUUCUACUUGAUUUCAUUGUGUUAGACAUGCAAGAGGAUGUUGAUGUCCCUCUUAUCCUAAGGAGACCUUUCCUAGCUAUGGGGAAGGCAAUGAUUGAUGUCCAACAAGGGAAACUCAACCUUAGGAUUCAAGAUGAUGAAAUAAUUUUUAAAAUGUCUGAUGCUAUGAAACAUGCACCUUCUAGUGAUGAUUCUUGUUACAUGAUUGAUGUUAUUGAUUAUGCGUUCGAUGAUUGCUUUCAGGUUAGCAGGUUGGCCGAUCCCCUUGAGCUAUGCAUACAAGAUGGAGAAGCUACAAGGGGAGAAAAUGAAGAGAUUCAAAGCAUGGCAGCAUACCUGAAUGCCAAUCCAUAG